CUCGAAUCACGCGUUCGAAAAUGGAAACAAGUACGAUUCGCACCUUCCAUUCAUAUAUUCGCUUCAAGAUCAUCGAGUAUUGAACCAAGAGGUUCACCGAAUUGUCGUCCAAUUCCCUUAACAAACACAUUAAUUGCUCCACGUACUAGUCCUUUACCAAGACGCCAAAUGGCUAAUGGACGUUUACCUCUGCGUACUUUUCCCGAUUUGCCUACGCCUAUCACUGCCCAUACACCAACAGUAAGAAGUGAUGAUGAUGUGCUCAAUAAUAGGAUAAUGGAAAUAAAAAGGCAAUCUGGAUGUAUAUCGAUUAUGGGGCAAGUUUAUCAUGUUAAUAAAGAUGCUUUGAGGAGAAUUGCAGAGCUUGGCUCAGGCACAUGCGGUGUGGUAUAUAAAGCACGAUUUGAUCCGACCGGAACAAUAAUGGCUGUUAAGCAAAUGGCUAUUACUUCUGUUGCUGAAGAAAACAGACGUGUAUUAAUGGACUUAGAUGUCGUUCUGCGAUCGCACGACUGUCCACAUAUUGUUCGUUGUUACGGGUGUUUCAUAACUGACUUCGAAGUCCUCAUUUGUAUGGAAUUAAUGGCUACUUGCUUGGAUAAGUUGGCUAAACGAGUAAAAAGUGGGUUUCCUGAAGAUAUCCUUGGAAAAAUGGCCGUGUCAAUCAUUAAAGCCCUUGACUAUCUGAAAGAUCAUCAGAAUAUAAUCCAUCGUGAUGUAAAGCCAUCUAAUAUUUUACUAGAUCUUAGUGGAACAGUGAAGUUAUGUGAUUUUGGCAUAGCAGGGCGACUUGUUGAUUCAUUGGCCAAGACUCGAACAGCUGGUUGUUCUGCAUAUAUGUCGCCAGAGCGUCUGGAAGCUCUUCGUGAUUAUGACAUUCGUGCUGAUGUGUGGAGUGUAGGUAUAUCCUUGGUUGAAUUAGCAAGAGGCCAAUAUCCUUAUCAAGGCUGUAGUAGCGAAUUCGAAAUGCUAUCUCGUAUCGUUUCGGAGCCUUCACCAUCGAUAAUGCCCGAAGAAGGUUUUUCAGCUGCAUUCUGUGAUUUUGUUUCCCGUUGUUUAACGAAGGAUUAUAAUUUCCGGCCAAAAUAUAAAGAAUUGUUGGUUAGUAUUUUAUUAAUUUUAAAUUAUAUUCGUGUAGCAUCAUUUUGA